UAAAAGAGCGAACACAAGCGCAAGUGGAUGUAGGAACGACAAGAUUCCCGGUGCACAGGAUAGAAUGAAUCGUCGGGACGACCCGCUGUUACGGCAGCAUCAUAGCCGUUUGCUGCAAUUGGCCGAGGCGACGAACAUCAAGCCUGGCCGUGGCAGCGGGAAAAGACGCGGACAGAGACAGUCGCAUUUCGGGUCCAGCAACGGCGGACCCAGUCGCGGCGUGACGCUCCAGGAUAUCGUGAGAAGCGAUCCUGGAUACACGCCGAACAUCGAGCACUUAGUGUUUCCGGAACGCAAAAGCAGCAAUCCGAAUUUGGCGGUUGUUGCCGAUGGCUCGCCGCCAGCCAAGCCCAAAUCGACGAGUUCGGGAAGGUCCAGACUCGCCGAGGUCUUUGCUCGUCAUUACGCGCGAGGCUCCUCGCAGGAUUCGUCCGUUGCGUCCAGAAAGAAUCAUGUCAACAGCACGUCGCUGGAUAGUGGGAGCACGAUAGGUCAUCAGCCGGGGCCCGCCGGGCCCACGGUGGUGACGCGGAACGCCGGACGCCGCUGGCUGUCGCAGAACUCGCAGUCCUCGAGGCAGCACUCUACCGAGGACGGGGUACGUGGGGGAAGUGUGGGCGUCGGAGGGCCCGUUUCGACCUCGUCCUCGAGUCAGGCCCCUGGUCAGGCCGCGCCACCCGCUUUGCCGCCGCGGCGAGUCAGUCCGGCCGCGGACGCAAGUGAGAUCGCCAACGCCGCGGGUCAAAUCUCACGUGUCGACAGAGGUCCGAACGUGUCGAUUCUUCAUCUCCGCAACGCGUCGGUGGACCCUUGGGAGGUUGGCUCUCAAGGCUCGUCGUACAGCGUUGGCAGCAACAAGAGUCAGACAGCAGGCGGCAGAGACAAAUCCGGCGGGAACGCGCGCGGUUCGUACAGCCGCGGCAGUUCGAUACCAUCCCUGAAACGUCACGACACAUCCACGUCGACCACGUCGAGCCACAAGCAGCACCGUCAAGACAGCCAUGGCCAGAUUUCCUCGAAUUCCCGCCGACGCGAGGCCGUGAAUUCCUUCUUGUCGGGCAACAGCGGCACGUCCGGCGAGCUGUUCAUCAGCGGCGACUGCAGCCGCGAGUUGUCGCCCGUACGAUGGUGCGAUCGCGAGGUCGACGGCGUCUAUCUCGGCCGUUCUGGCUGGGUUCAGGUGCAACAACGAUCUCUGGACGAGAAUCGUCGCACGAACUACGACAGCAAUUUGGUGACUGCGACCACCGGCACUUUGCCGCUGUCGCGACGGACGGCUGUGAAGUUGGCGGAUUAUCAUUGCAACAGCGAGCCCGGCAAGUGUCCGCAAGAUUACUCCCGAACACUAGACUCACAGCGACCGGACUAUCUGGCGCUGCAUCACAGCCAGGACUUCGAUUCCAUCACCACUAGCGCUUGCACGUCGCCCCACAGCAUACCCGAAUCCUUCUCGCCGCCGUCGAUCACGCCGAUUAUCUCGCCGCCGCCGGCGUUCCAGGACGCUGUAGCUGGCAAGAAAUCAUCGUCCAGACACUUGUCCGGAGGACGUAACAGUUACGGCAGCAAGGCGCCUUUCCUGCCGCGAUCGAACGCAAUCGUCGACAGCGAUAUCAUCAGUCCGCCACCCUCGCCGCCGCCGCAUCAGGUCAACUGGAGCUCCCUGCCGUCCAGGAAGAAUUCCGCGAUAUCGUCCAGAUCGAAGAGGCAGAACCACACCAGCCAACAGCAACAGCAACAACAGCAGUAUCGCAUGGCGCAAGCCAAAUCCCUGGAAGACCAGUCGUCCUCCAGACGAUCACAGUUCGCGCAAAGAUAUAUUGAGUCGUCCAGCUCGUCAUCGUCGUCAAUGGGAUUCAGAAGUCUCGACAGCUGCGUCACUAAAUCUAUUAUGCCCAGCUUAGCGGAAAAUACUGAUUCUUCGGUCGAAGGAUACGACGAUGGCGACGAGGAUGAUAAUCCCAGCUCAUCCUUAAACCUCAGUCUGGUGUCGUCAUCGGCUCUCGCGUUGAACUCGUCCACAGAAUCGAUCCGCGCCAACGGCGAACGAAUUUCUCCCAACAGACAAGGGAGACUUCACAGAAGCCAGCAAGGACUCCGGAGAUCGCCGGGAUCCUCCGAGUCCGGGAAGCAGAUGUUCUCGCCUUCCUCGUCGUCAUCGUCGUCCAGCAGCGAGGGUCGACAGGGACGAUCGCCCACGCCUAACCCCUUCAGACGCAGCAACGCUUCGCGACAGCAUCAGAGCGCGAGGACCAAUCAGAUGUCGCCCGAUUCUCAUCAGUCCCGGGUCAGGAGAUCCAGAAGUCUGCAAUUGCCGGAGAAGAGAUCACCGGGAACGGGCGGACCGCAGAGAGAUCAUCCCCGGGAGUCGAAUGAGGGACACAGAGUGGUCGUGAAGAUCGUGAACGAUCGAGGAAGCGAGAGGCCGAAGCGCCAUGUUCUUCAAAACAGAAAAGCUCAAUCUACCGACGACACUGUGAACGAGAAUCUUCUUCGCGAGACAGAAAUGGUGACCGAAUACCUGUACGGUACUCGAAGUCGCGUCGUGCCGAGAAGCGCGCUAUCGAGUCGCUACGAGCGUCGCGACGAGAAUCAAGAACAGAGACGAGGAACUUCCAACACCUACGACGUCUACAUUAUAUCCUCCAAGCAGCAACAGCAGCAACAGCAAUUAUCAAAAGCAUCCAAUGCCACGCAGCAGCAGCAGCAGCAACAGGCGCAGCAACAGACGCAGCAACAGACGCAGCAGCAGCAGCAGCAACAACAACAACAACAACAACAACAACAAAGACGACCGCGCACGUUGCAAAGAGGCGCAACGACGCCGAAUACGAGCGCUCCAAUCGCCAGUCAAGAUUUCUGCAUCAGUCCGGACACGAAGCUGCGCUGCAACAGCAGCACGUGUGACUUCUGGCCUCAUUGUUCUCAAAGAGAGACUCUGUACUCGCCGAAUCAGGCGCCACCGGUCUUCAUGAAAGUCUCCCAAAGCUAUCCGGCUCAUCAGAGAUUGUCCACUGACGCCGGAAGCCACCGAGGCAGUGCCAGUUCGUCGCCGGCUUCCCUGGAACGGAUGGACGAUCGAGAACUUCGCGAAAAGGACAACGCGAGAAAGAGGAGCAAUCAACAGAACAAUUCCAAGUAUCAAGAGAGACCCAAAGGUGUCUUGAAGCAAACAAACAGAUGGUCACCGCUCGAGGGAUCCAAUGGAAAUGGAUCCGGAGUGGAGAAGAGAGAUCAAAUGCACCACCGAGUGUAUCGAAAGCCCGAUUUUCCGAGUUCGUACGAGAACGCCGACAGCAAGGACAGAAGAGUGUCGCCCAUUCAAGGAAUGAACGUCAGCAGAUCGCCCAGCAGCGGUCCGAUCGCCUCCUCGUCGACCACCACCUCGUCGUCGUCGAGCAGCGAUAUCUGGGUCACCACCUCGGAUCGCACGGUGACGAAGAGUCCGCGGAACGCCAAGAGCUCCGGCGCGUCCACGCCGAUGGAGGAUGCCGUGAUCGGCUCGCUGAAGACGCUGAUCGAGCCGCCGAAGGACGGCACGCUCUCGAGACCCGGCAGCGCGCCCACCAGAGGCGAGGAUUCUCUCACAGCCAACGUCAGUCUGGAUCCCCAUCAGCGAUCUCUAUCCCUGCCCAAGUCCUUUCUGACGCACAACACCGAGUGA